AUGAUCUCAAACUACAACAGUAUACAGCCAGCUUAUCCAGCCUCCCCGGCCGAAGAUGCCGAAGCCUUGAGUCUGGAUGGAAUCUAUGAUCCAAGUGAGAAAUUCCCCACAAAGUAUCUCGAACAAGGCUUCAGCGAGACUACGACACUGCAAGCAGGGGCAUCGCCACUUCGGAUCCGAAACGAACGCACAGCGGCUUCGCGGAUGGGGAAAGCCUCCGCAAAAAUGCAGGCAGCCCAUUUCUUGUCACCGCGACGCACAUCCACUCCGUACGGACGAAAGACGGAAGGGACCCAUGGCCCAACUCGAGAAGAAGUGGGGAAUCGAACCCCGCAAUUCCAACGCUGGAUGUCCCUCCCACCAUCGCCCAUACCGGUCCACCAUCUGUAUCAUCCUUCCGUGUGCAACGGUCGAGUGAGUGUGCAUGCAACCCCAGCGCCUUGUCGCAUUUUCCUGUUCAGACUUCAACCGGUCGCAGCCGCCACCGACGGUGGAAGGAACCAAAAGGAUUUCGCAGAGGACGAAUCCUUCGAGGCACAAGUGUGGCUGAGGGGACAUCACUCACAUCGAGCUCGCGCGAUCACGGGGGGGACCGACGUGGUCCACGGCCGAAAAAGCGACGGGAUGGGCCACUCACGGAAUCAACCGUCAUCUACAGAGGAAGUUGCACAGAUCACGCGUGGCAAAGUGACGACUGCGCCAAACACCGUCAGGAUGGUGAGUCCAACCGCCUCCACAAGCUCAGAACACGACACCACCUCGACCGACAAUGCCACCAUCCAAGUCAACACCGAUGACGGGAUCGGAUCGUUCCCGUCCUCGCCGACCGAAUCCUGCCGCAACGCCGUCAACUUUACCGGCGGCGCCGGCGACGUCGCCACCCAAGGCAGCAGCUCUCCGUUCGCGAUCCCGGGUCGGAUCGGUGAUCGACAACCGCACACCGGGCUCGACGGCACCGAACGAUACCAGCGCCGCCGCUACCAUCGUCAGCACCAGCACCGUGACAGCCACGCCACCGCCACCGCCACCGCCUCGGCCAGCGCAGCGGCGGGCUCGAAGGAUCGGGCGGCGAUAGGUGCUGGUGUGGGGGGUGCCCUUGGGUCUAGCGUCGCUGGGAGCUUCGGCCAUGUUGUGGAGGCAACGGCGGCGCGCGCGGGGGUUGGGGAUGAAGGCGGAGGCUUGGGGGAAGAGAUUUGA